GAAGCCGAGCUGAUCUCAAAUGACGCUGUGUUAUAAAGAUUGUAAUGGCUACCCUCCAAAAUGCCGACGUUGCUUGUUUGAGACCGGAAAAAGAGUUUUUAAAAAGCGACAGGUGCGAGAUUUUAAUGGCGACGAUGGCGGAAGUAUUGGAGUCAAAAUAAAUGUUAAAUAUUUUAAUAAAUUUAUUUAAAAAGAGGGUUUUGAAUAUACAUCGGAAGUUAAUUGUACGCAUGAUUCAUAAAUAAAAUAAAUAACAGUGUCAUAACAAUGGCGUUUAGUUUAUCUGCUUUUUCAUAUAUUAUUUCACUGAUUGUUGAUGCAUUUCUCAUAUUUUUCGCUAUUUUCCAUGUGAUUGCAUUUGAUGAAUUAAAAACGGAGUAUAAAAAUCCUAUUGAGCAGUGCAAUAGUCUCAAUCCUCUCGUACCUUUUGAAUAUGGGCUGCAUCUUCUGAUAAAUGUAUUAUUCUUGAUAAGCGGGGAAUGGUUGUCAAUAUUAAUAAAUGCUCCGUUGAUUGCCUACCAUGUAAACAGAUACUUGACGAGGCCGGUAAUGUCAGGUCCUGGUCUGUAUGACGCUACGAGUAUUUUAAAUGCCAAUGUUUUGGCAAGAUGUCAAAGAGAGGGAUGGAUCAAACUUGCAUUUUAUUUGCUUUGUUUCUUCUAUUAUUUAUACGGAAUGAUAAGUUCACUUAUUCACUAAGUGAUUUUUAAACUGCCAACGAAUGCAAAUUUUUAUGUUAUUUAUAACUUAAGAUGAUAAAUAAAAAAUACAAAGGGCUAUUAAGUAAUAAAUCUUCCAAAGCCUAGCUCUUA